AUUCGGCUGCCGCCGGAGGUGAAUCGGAUCCUGUAUAUCAGGAACCUGCCCUAUAAGAUCACAGCGGAGGAGAUGUAUGACAUUUUUGGGAAAUAUGGGCCUAUUCGACAGAUCAGAGUCGGAAACACUCCUGAAACGAGAGGAACGGCCUAUGUGGUCUAUGAAGACAUCUUUGAUGCAAAAAACGCUUGUGAUCACCUGUCGGGGUUCAAUGUGUGUAACAGAUACCUCGUUGUUUUGUACUAUAAUGCAAACAGGGCAUUCCAAAAGAUGGACACAAAGAAGAAAGAGGAACAGCUUAAGCUUCUCAAGGAAAAAUACGGAAUUAAUACAGACCCACCAAAAUAAAUUGUUCUUUGGAAAGCUAUUUUCAAGCCCUGCCAUUGAGUUCUUGAACUAAACAUAGGAAUUCUCAAUGAAGUA